AUGAAAAAUUCUGCUGCCAUUUGUUCAGUUCACUUAUUAACUAUAAAUGGGAAAAGAAAUGUGUAAGAAUUAGCACACCAUCCUCAUCAAGCAAUUUGUCAUUCAACACUUUAAAAUUGACCAUUGGUCUCCAGCUGAUGUUCUAGGCUCCUGUAUAUUCCUUUACCAUUCAUUCAUUCUUUCCUAUUUUACCAUUCUUUUUUUGAUUGAGAGAAAAAAAAAGGUGUAGAAUGAAGCCAAAACUAAUUAGAUGCAGAUGAAGCCACGGUAGUAGUGGUAGUGGUAGUAACACAUUUUCAAUCUCUCAUGUUUACGCUAACAUCAUUAUCAUCUCUGCUGAUAGUCCUGCUUCCCCCAAGUGGCCAAAAACUAAAAUGAAUGAGCAACUUUACUUUUUUCUUGAGAGGAACAAACACGUUUUGCAUGUGUGUGACAGCUAUAACUGAGAGAGGAAGUAGCUCGGUGCUUCUGGUUGUCAAGCAGUUGGUAGAGAGACAGGAUGCAGUUAACACCGUUCUGCCUGGUCCUGGGUGAGUAUAAACAUUUAAUGUAUUUCUGAGUUGAAAAGUCAUGAAUUCAAUUUUUUGCAUUUUGUUACAUCAUUGUCUUAUUGUGAUAUUUUUCUGUUCUGUUUUUCUUAAUUCUCUCAUCCUCACUUCUUCUUCUUCCGUGAAACUUUUUUCUCUACCUCUUCUCAUUUUUGUCCUUUAUUACUGUUGUCCUUUGUUUCAUAUUUUACUUUCUCCAUUUCCUCUCCUUUCUUUUGUCAUUUAUAUUUGCUUAUUUCUUCUCCUCUUUACACCUCUUUCUUUUUCCUCAAUUCAUGUCAUUCAUACAACACUCUAUUUCCUUUUUUCAUCCAUUUAUGUGUCCCUCAUGGCAUUUAAUUUUUCUUACAUUACCUUAAACCUUCCCCUCAAUUUUUCCCUCCUUCCUUCCUUGUCCAUGGAAGCCUGUCUUCGGGUCAGCCCUGACAGAACCCAGUUCUUCAAGCUUGACUCCAUCUCUCUAAGCUGCGAGAAUCAGGUGAACUCCACCGGCUGGAGGGUGAAGAGGCAAACGGAAGGGGGUGGCAUCCGGGCCUGUUCCUUCGGUUGGGGCUCAGCCUCUUCAGGACCGACCUGCAUCAUCGACAUCAGCUACCCAUCGGACAGCGGGGUGUACUGGUGCGAGUCAGACAGCGGGGAACAGAGCAACACCGUCAACAUCACAGUCACAGAGCGCGUUGUGAUAAUGGAGAGUCCCUGCCUCCCUGUGUCUGAGGGAGAUGCCGUGACCCUGCGCUGUAAACAUAUAAAAGACUUCUCAGACCACAAGUUUAAUUUCUACAAAGAUGACCAAGUGAUCAAGAGCAACUCCACGGGAGAGAUGACCAUCACCAGUGCUUCUAAAUCCGAUGAAGGGCUCUACAAGUGUAGCAUCUCAGGAGGUGAAGAGUCGCAGGGCAGCUGGCUGGCUGUUGAAGCUUCCCCUCUGUCCACAACUUUAUCUCCGCCCACAGCUUCCUCUUCAUUGUCUGUCUUCAGACUAACGUGUCAUCUGGUGGUGGGAGUGCCUUACCUGCUGUCCACCAUCUUACUAGGACUCAUAUACAGAGACAGGAACAGAGCAGCUCGGACACCAAAGAGGGGCAGCGACGUCGUCAUCAUGGACAUAGUUGUGUGACCAGGUGAACACCAAGUGUCAAAGAAAUUCAGGACCAUGCAGCGUCCCAUGGCAGUAUUAGAGUCAAAGGCCAACAGAGACUUUACAAAGCAUUUGGCAUCUUAGAAACACUGCUGACCACUGAACCUUGACUAUGAACAAGUUGUGUUUAACUCCCUUCGCCUACCUUUAAAUUCAUUGUCACUGGCUUCACAUUCACAAAAUCUUCCAGAUGUUGCAGCAGGAUUUUCGCUAAGUUUCCCAUCAGUGGGGGACUUCAGACCUCAGAGACAGUCAACAUUCCAAAAUGAUUUUGUGCGUAUCCAUAAAACUUCUGAUAUCAAAUUAUUUCAUAAUGUUUAAAGUAGACACAUUUGCCCUUGUCACCAUAAAUGUCCGCUUUCAUUUUGAGUGUUUAUUUAUAAGUGCUUACUGUGUACGUUCAGAGUUGCACGAAGAACAGUCAAGAGGCCCUUCAUUGCCUGAAGACUGUGGUUUGCGUUACACAUGCUCCUCCUCUUUGACAUUUUUGAAUUAGCUGUGAGUUGUGCUGCUUUCAAAGGAGUAGAGAGAGCGACAAGCUACAACACAUUUUCAAUGGAAUCCGGUGAUAAGAAGUGAUGAGCUUACGUCAGACCCUUGUCGCUACACGUUGGGCCAACCAAGCACGCUACAUUUAGUGGUCCUCUGGCACUUAAUCCAAACAUAUGUGGUUUCUCCACUUGUUGCUGUGUUAUUUUUACAGUCAAUGCCUGUCCCAACGUCUCCUCAAAGAAGGGACAGAUUUACCAAAAGAAAAUACACAUCUUAGUCAGAUGGUACUUUAAAUUUCAGCGGUGCUUCAGCAGAAACUGAUGAAAAUCUUAAAAUCAGUUAUGUAUUCUUCAGUCUGGAAGAAAAGAACCAGAAUAUGUCAUAUACGUAAGACAUAUAAAAAUCUAAUAUUUGUAGUAGUGUGUAUGUGAACGUACUGACUCCUUAAGCUUUUAAAAUAUUUCUUAACACUUUGUUUUGGUAUGAAAACUUACAAAUGACAUAAAAUGAGUCCAAUGUAUGGCAGCGGAUGUGAACUGCAUAAUUGUUGUGUUGUGUGUGAAAAGGAAGUGGAGCUCUUAUUUGAGAGGUGUUUGUGGUUUGCCCUGCAGAGAUGUCUUCAUCUGUUCUUGUCCACCUGUCUGUUGUUGUUUUUAAUUUGUUUUUGUCUUGACAUUUAACCUACAGUGUACCUACAUUUCCUGUAUCCAUGUCUUUAACUGCAAAUAUCACACUUGACAAAUGUACGUCAAUGGAAAAUUAUGUUGGUUGUCUAACAUGAACUAUAAAUCACCAAUAGGGGAAAGUUUUAUUGUCAGAUUUACAGAAUCAGCUGUUUAUUCUCAUGUGGGUCAGCUGUGGUUUAAGCUGUGCCUUCUGAGAAGACACUUUGCCCUUUUAAAGCCCACAACUAAAGAAAAUCAGGUUGUCUCUUGUUGUGAAACAUGUAAAAAAUGAAGUGUAUGCACAAUCGAGACAGGUGGACAAGUAUGUGCUUUGGUUUUUUUUUUCAGUGUGGAUGGAAAAUGCUGUGGUUUGGCUGCUCUGUGAAGUUGCUUUCCGUGGCUAAAGUUGUAUGAAUCCCCCUAAAAGACUAGAAUUACAUCGAAUAGGGAUUUUUCUUGUUCUUUUGUUGCAAGAAUGCAGCACAGGCAACACUUCUUAGGGCAAUUUAUUUGAAUGUGUUCAAAAGAAUAACAUAGAACAUGUUGGUCCAAGUAGCUGUGGAAGUAGGCCACAAAACCAUCAGACUCAACACCAUCAUUGAACCAUUGAAGGUUAGCAGUUUUUCUUUGUACUUCAAACAAUGGUGACAGGAUAUGGGCAGCUGGCAUUGGAGCUGAUAAAUAUUGAGCCACAGUUACUUUUCAGUGUGAUCACUGUAAUGUGUAGAAAAGCUAAAUAAAUAAAAAUAACAUAAAGAUGACACCUGGGUAAAAGAGA